CGGGGCCCUGAGGGUGCAUGAGCGUGCUGAAGGCCGCGGGGGCCUGGAGGGCAGACGCCGGGAUUCGGAAAUGAAGGACGGAGCGCCGGAUCUGCUGGAGGAGAAGAGAGGGAGGGGGGAGGGGGGCAUGGGGGGGGGAGGAGACGCCCGGGCAGACGGACGCGCGCGCCAAGCGGUGGAGGCGGGGGAGGGGCAGAACCCCAUCCCAGAAUGCCCGGUGUCCCCGGCGGGCGCCAAGCGACGAGCGCACGAGGGCACGGCAGCGGGGGGCGAGCCCGAGGACCCCCCCGGAGACUGGCUGGAGCCGCUGGAGGAUGAUGAAGAGGAGGACGACGAAGACGGCCAGAGCACCGACCCCGACGUGUCCUUGCAGGUCAACGGGAGCAAGGAGGAGGGUGCGGCCGGAGACGGGGACAGGAAGCAGACGAAGGGCUUCGGCAGUACUCUCGGCACCCCCAGGCGAAGGCGGCGGAGGACGGCGCUCGGUGAGAAGUGGGUGGACUGCCCCCUGCUGGGCGAGGGCUGGAAGCGCAGAGAGGUUUUCCGCCGUUCCGGAUUCAGCAUGGGCAAGACCGACACGUACUACAUGAGUCCCCGUGGCGAACGUGUCCGAAGUAAGAUCGAGCUGAUGAAACUCCUGGCGGGGUCUGUUGACAUCACCAACUUUGAGUACAAGUCUGGCCUGUUUCUGGAAGAGGGUUCCGUCAGACUGAGGAGAAGGGUACGUACCUGAGACCACGCCGCCUCCACGGAGGACGGGACGCCGUCCGAGCGCAGCUUCUCCUCGGAGAAGACGGGCACCCCGAGCGGAGCCACACCCCCCACAGCCAGGCCGCCACCCCCCAGCGGCCUCUCCUCAC